AUGCGGGCACUAGACUCUAUCCGCCAAGAGUACCGCUGCCUUAGACAAAGAACUUAUGAGCACAGGAGCCUUUUCCAUCGACCAGCUUAUGGAACUAGCUGGGCUAAAAAAACCCCGGAAAAAGAUCCUUAUUGCUUGUGGACCGUAACUGCAGGUGGUGAUAGCCUGGUCGCUGCACGCCAUCUGUGGCAUUAUGACUACCAACCAACAGUCUACUACCCCAAGCAAUCUAAAAACGAACUCUACCAACGACUCACAACACAACUAAAGAACCUUGGCGUGCCUUUCACCGAAGACUUUGGUGGGGCCUUAAAAGACACAAGUCAUGUUGUUGAUGCGAUCUUUGGAUUUAGUUUUUCGGGAGAGGUCCGAGAACCCUUCCCGGCGGUAAUCAGAGCUCUGAAGGAAACUACUAUUCCGGUGACCUCUAUUGAUGCACCUUCUUCGUGGGAUAUCGAAAACGGACCUCCAAACGAAGGGCCUGGGCAGGGUUUUUAUCCAACUGCUCUAGUGAGUUUAACAGCACCAAAACCAUUGGCAAAGUUCUUUCAUGGCAGGCAUUUCCUGGGCGGAAGGUUUGUUUCACCUGAUAUCGCCCAAAAAUAUGAUCUCGAACUACCAGAAUAUGACGGGAUUGAUCAAAUUGUGGAGCUUGAUCCCAAGACAGGGCAAAAGCUGAAACUCUAAUUUGGAGAUGCAUCACUGUUUAUAUCUGGCUUUCCUCUUAACAAUAUUAUAUGACAAUCUGCCCGUGGAUCCCAGAAUCCUAUUGAUACCACUGUAUUAGAUAUUGUGUCAGGCUUCUCCUUCCGGUAGAUCUUGAUAACAUUCCAAAGUGAGGCCCUCGAGGCACGGUCACGUGUGGGCACCAGCCACCUAACAACCAAACCCCAGUUUUGCUGUCAUCGCCUAGCCCGAACACGGAAUUCUCCAUUUUUCUUCCCCUUCAACUUCGACAUCGUCUUCUCUUGACCCUUCUUGUUCGCCAACUUCUAAACAUUUUUUCCUAUAAUAGACUACGAGUAGUUUUAUCUCGCAUGAAGUUUCACACCCCAGCCAACCAGCGCUGUUAGAACUUUACUUUCUACCCUACUCUAUUUUGCACUUGCGAUUCCUCAUAAGUCAGCUAUAAGGAAACCCUAACCUCGUUCAAGAACACUGUGCCCGGCCUCAGUCCCAGCCUCCACUCCACUCCUCCCC